AUGGCUCCAGCCAGGAUGAUAAACUGUCCAGAAGGCCUUGACUCGACACAUCCCUCUACUGUUGGAGCAUCUACUUCAUCAAUAAUUCCUGGUAAUGUUGGAGUAAACCUGCUCUCUGUAUCAAACUCUGUUCUUGCUUACGACUCGUCCGCUUCUAGCCUAGCUGGUUCGGCAACCCAGGCCAGUCAAGUCCUAACAAGAGCAGUGACUAGCACAUCCUCAGAUAGACGACUUCGCAAUUCGACCAAGACAAGAACACGGCGUCAAACAGGCAGUGAAGCAGUCGAGCUGCGUCGCCGACCACGAGUUCCAUCUGGUUCAGGCCAAUUUGUGAGUGCGGGCAGUGAGGCAGAAGAGGAUGAAGAGGAGGCUGGUGAUGAUCUGGAUGCCGAUGACGGGGAGGAUGAUGGAGAUGAUGAGGACGAGGGCGACGAGGACUUCGCCUCUGACGGUUUUGAAUACGAGGAUGAUGAAGAAGACCAAGAGGUGGAGGAUGACGAGAUGAAUAUUCCGGAGAUUGCUCGAUUUCGAAACCCUCGGUGUGCAGGGAAAUCGGCUUGUCGGCCUGUGGGACAAUUCCGCUCUGCCAAGCGAGGCCGGUCUUCUUCUGGUACAGGCAUAUGUGCUGAAAGUGGGCAUAGUCUACUUAGACAGACACCGCACUCACAAAGCCUAGCCACUGGGAAGCGUACUGAUUCCAGGUUGAAAAGCGGAAUUACCUGA